ACCGCAGCCCCCCUCCCCCGGGCAAGGCAGCGAACGAGCUGCUGCUGCUGCUGGCGGAGCGGUGCAGAGCGGAGCAGCAGCAGGAGCAGGAGGCGCGCGGGCAGGUUCCCGGGGAAGCUGGAGGGAGCCGGGCGCUGUCGAGAGGCUGCCCGGGCUGCGAGCGCGGGGGGAAGUGCGCGCUAUGCCUUUAACGCCCGGGCACAGGAGACAUGUCUAGCGUGUAGGCUAGGGAAACUCUAGGCGGGGUUAAAGUUCAGCUCAUGGAGCUGAUCAGCGCUGCUGGCUGCAGUUGAGCAGAGUUGGAAAUGUGAAAGCAAGAAGCAGGCUCGGCUCUUCCCCCCUCUUUCUCUCUCUCUCUCUCUCUCUUCCUUCUCUCUCCCUCCCUCUCUCCCUCCCUCCCUUUCUCUCUCUCUCUCUCCCUCUCACUCACACACCUCCAAGCCACAACCCCCCCCGCAGCAACCAUGUAUUCUCCUCUCUGUCUUACCCAGGAUGAAUUCCAUCCCUUCAUUGAAGCACUUCUACCCCACGUCCGAGCAUUUGCAUACACAUGGUUCAACCUACAAGCUCGAAAGCGGAAAUACUUUAAAAAACACGAGAAACGCAUGUCAAAAGAAGAGGAAAGAGCUGUGAAGGAUGAAUUGCUAAGUGAAAAACCUGAGGUCAAACAAAAAUGGGCGUCCAGACUUCUGGCAAAACUACGGAAAGACAUCAGGCCUGAGUAUCGGGAGGAUUUUGUUCUAACUGUCACGGGGAAAAAACCUCCAUGUUGCGUUCUUUCCAAUCCAGACCAGAAGGGCAAGAUGAGAAGAAUUGACUGCUUACGCCAGGCAGAUAAGGUCUGGAGGUUGGACCUUGUUAUGGUGAUUUUAUUUAAAGGUAUUCCGCUUGAAAGUACUGAUGGCGAACGCCUUGUAAAGUCCCCACAGUGCUCAAAUCCUGGGCUGUGCGUACAGCCGCAUCAUAUAGGGGUUUCUGUUAAGGAACUCGAUUUAUAUUUGGCAUACUUUGUGCACGCAGCAGAUUCAAGUCAGUCUGAAAGUCCAAGCCAGCCAAAUGAAGCUGAUAUCAAGGACCAGCCAGAAAAUGGACAUUUGGGCUUCCAAGACAGUUUUGUCACAUCAGGCGUUUUCAGUGUGACUGAGCUAGUAAGGGUCUCACAAACACCGAUAGCUGCCGGAACAGGGCCUAAUUUCUCACUCUCAGAUUUGGAAAGUUCCUCAUACUAUAGCAUGAGCCCAGGAGCAAUGAGGAGAUCCCUACCAAGCACUUCCUCUACCAGCUCUACAAAGCGCCUCAAAUCUGUAGAGGAUGAAAUGGACAGUCCUGGUGAAGAGCCAUUUUAUACAAGUCAAGGGCGGUCUCCAGGAAGUGGCAGCCAGUCAAGUGGAUGGCAUGAAGUGGAGCCAGGAAUGCCCUCGCCAACUCCAUUAAAGAAGUCAGAGAAGUCUGGUUUCAGCAGUCCCUCGCCUUCGCAGACCUCCUCCCUUGGAACGGCAUUCACACAGCAUCAUCGACCUGUCAUUACAGGACCCAGAGCAAGUCCACAUGCAACUCCAUCGACUCUUCAUUUUCCAACAUCCCCCAUUAUUCAGCAGCCUGGGCCAUACUUCUCACACCCAGCAAUCCGCUACCAUCCUCAGGAGACUCUGAAAGAGUUUGUCCAACUUGUCUGUCCCGACGCUGGUCAGCAGGCUGGACAGGUGGGGUUCCUAAAUGAAGACUUUCACCUGCCGUGGUCCCAAAGAUUCAGCUUCAUGCUUUCUGACUUCAGCACUUCCAAGCCCAAUGGUAGCAGUCAAGGCAAGGUGCACAAUCCAUUCCUUCCUACCCCAAUGUUGCCGCCGCCACCUCCACCACCAAUGGCCAGGCCUGUGCCUCUGCCAGUGCCAGACACAAAGCCUCCAACCACGUCGACAGAAGGAGGUGCCGCUUCUCCCACUUCACCAACCUACUCGACACCCAGCACCUCCCCUGCAAACCGAUUCGUCACUGUUGGACCACGGGAUCCAAGCUUUGUAAAUAUCCCUCAACAGACACAGUCCUGGUACCUGGGAUAAAACUCACAGCUUCCCACCACCCACCAGACAGACCACCCGACCCCUUCCCAACUCUGUAACAUGGAAGCAGCAGCAACAGUUACUUCGCAUCCAUGGAAGGGGAGAUGAACAGAUAUUGACAGCAAGCAACUGCUCGCAUUCAGAAACGGCAAAAGUUAUGGUUGAUUGACAAGGGCCGUAACAUUGUUUGGGGGCGGGCGGGAGGAGGGGAUUUUUUUUAAACAAAAGAACACCUUAGUGACCGAUGUAAUUUCUCAUAUGGUGCUGGAAAUGUUUGGGCUUCAUGAUUUUUGAAGUGUUUCAACUGGUAGUGUAAGCAUUAGGGACACUGGGUAGUAGAGCUAGCCUGCUGGCUGCUUACUGACUUGCUGUUAUAACACUUUCCACAUGGCGCCUAGCUGUUUUACAGUAUUUUUCACUGAUUAAUUUCCCAUAUAGGUGUGGGACUUCUUGAGAGAUCAUGAGGAACACACAUACAUGAUAACUUUUGUAGUAGCUGAAUUCUGCAAUAUAGAACUUACAGGACAGACAUGGGGCAUGUUUUUUCUGUAACAUAUCAGGUGUUUUGUUUUUAAUUUUACACUCGGCAGUUAGAUACGUGACAUGAAUCAUAAGAGCAUUAUCAACAGGUUGAUUUCCACUCAAGUUGCAGAAAAAUAUAAAAUAUCAACCUACUGCUGUUCACAUGAAAAAGAAAAAAAGGGUUUAAAUGCUGCACUUACAUGAAACAUUUUUGAUGAUUUUCAACAUGAUAUAAAAUUCACACGGAAAUGGGGAAGUUGGUCUGUUUUGAUAGAAACUGACAGGAAUCAAUCAAAACAAUCGAAUUUUGAAUUGAGAAAAGUGCAAUUUCAUUGGAUAGCUAAAUAUCUUUGUAAGAUAGAGAUUGUUGAAAAUUCUAUUUUUGUUUUCCAAGUCCUACCACCCCAGGACUCUAAAUUAUCGGGGUAAAAAACAGCCUUGCAAGAAAAAAAGGGGGGGAGCUAUUUUUGCUUUUUAUGUUUUUUAUUGUUAAACUUGUAUCCCUUUAAAACUGAAGGAAAUUUAAAAAGAAAUACAAAAUUUAAUGGUGCUUUUACCACAAUAUGUUAUCUACAUUAAAUGCUAAUUAAUCAUUUUCUGUUAUCAAAGCACAUAAUUAAAAUUAAAUCAUAAUAUCUGUUAAUUUUAUAAGCUAAAAGUCACUAUAAUAGAUUAUGCCAAUUCUGAUAAAAUCGUAUGUGUUUCCGGCAAUAUAGGGUAUAUCACUUCUCAAAAUACUUUGGCCACAACCAGACACAGAGGUAGGUGUGCUUAAGCCCAUUGAAACAAAUGUCCUUAAGUAUGCUUCACUCUGAGUUAGACUGUGGCCCUUGAGCUAAUAAGAGAAAGCUGUCCAGAAAAUAAAACGCCUUUGUGUCCCUGAACUGGCGUUGGUUUUUUUCUGAACUGCAAAGGCAACAAAACAGAAGCAAAAUGCUGAUUCUACAUCUUAUACCAGUUCAAAGCAAGGACACUUGCUGAGAAGAAGAAAAAAAGUUUGGACCCAAAAUGUCCUGAAUCUUAUGUACAAAAAAAAAAAAAAGGAAAAAAAACAGGAAAAAAAUGCAAGUGAUUUUUUUCCCCUACCAGACAGCGGAGCACCCCUUUGCUUCCCAUGCAACUUUAAGAAGGUUUCCUAUAUUAUACAUAUAUAUACGUUCUGGUUGGCGAGUCUCGCGAAUCAGAGAAAUUCUCUGCAUGUUCUAGUGUUAGUAACUAAUUUUUAUAUAGUUAAUGUAGGGUAAAGUAGAGUGCAUUAAGACACAAUAUUGUAAUCCCUAAUCCAGGCACUUGCCUUUAAACUAUGUUUGUUCAGCCCUUCAGAAGGGUUUCUACUACUGUCCUAUACAAUCAAGUAAACUGAAUUUAUUGGGAAGACACUUUGCUCCUCAUCUUUCCCCUGAAACUAAUUUUUUUGUUUUGUUUUGUUUUAUUGAUUUGCACGAAACAAAAACAAAAAAAAUUCCAUAUCAAUGUGCCUUGCCCUGGAUAGCGAUUAUUUGUGGAAUUGUUGCACAUGUUCCUAUAUUGAAAGGGUUUUUUUCCCUAGUCAAGCAUUUGGAGACACUUUUUUGUAAAUGUGACUUUUAUGUCAGCCAUUGUCAGUUUCAGCAUCUUAGAAUUCAGUAGGAUGUUAGUUGUUCCACAGAUAGCGGUAGUGUUUUCUUGUCCUGUACGGUCAGUGGCAGUGCUAUUCUGAGAUCUGUAGAUGCUAGAUUAUCAGUAUUUUUGAUGUUGCUGCAUUUUACAUUUUAUUUGGAGUCUUCCUUUUGUUUUUGUUUUUUCCCAGAUAUAUGAAAAUAUGCAAUACCUGCUUAUAUCAUGUAGAAGAAAAGCUUAGCAAUUCUUAAUUUUUCUUUAAUAUUUUUUUUAUUUGACCAAAGUCGGUGCUGCACUUGACGCAGUGUAUUUUAGGUGUUUGUCUUUGUACUUUUUUGUGAUUUUUGAAUGCACACGCAGGAAGGGCUCUUCUUAGAGAAGCAGUCAAACUGUGAAGCACUAAGCUGAACCCUGCUUCAAGCAAUUUUUGUUUUACAACUGUUCCUUUCACAAGCAAGCCUUAAAGAAAACAACCUCCCUUUUUCUUCAAAUCCCACACCCAUUUUUAUUAGCAGAUUGCAAUCAAUCCACAUUCAAUAAAAAGUAUAUAAUGCCCAUUUUUAUAUGCACGUUUUUAAAACUUCCAAGUUCUGAAAAUUGUUUACUGGUUAUUCUCUAUUUAAGGAAAGAAAUGUUUUGGAUUUUCAUAUAUGUCAAAUAGGUGGUUGAGUAGUCAUUUGCUCCGUUGUAUUGUGUGAUUGUUAGUGUUAUGGUAUCACAUCCACUAGCCAGCAUCCUUUGCCUUCCCUAUAGCACUUAGCAGGGCAUUACUUUAUUAAAACAUAUGUGCACUAAAAAAAAUAAAAAAAUAAAAAAAUUAGCAGCUUUCAGUGCUUCACAGUGAAGGGAAAAAAAGCCUAGACAAACAUUUUGUCAGAACCUUGCUAUAAGCCAAGGUAUAACCAGUAAAUUGGUUGUAUAUACAACGAAAUUGCACCCUUUUUUAAAAAAAACAAAAACAAAGCAAACUAAGCAAUAGUUUGGGCAGUUAGUUGCUUUUAGUGAGCAUGCCGUAGUCAUGGCCGCAAAGAGAGAGAGAAUCAAAUCUGCCCACUCAGAAGCGAUGUAAUUUGUAUGUUGUAUAGUUUUAUUGAUUACACUGAUUUAUUCUACCCUAUUUUAUAAUGCAGGACUUUUUGUAAUGUUGUUUAAAUGAGGAAAAUUUCUGUCAAAUUAGCUUAGUGGAAUUUCUGAUUGUUCGUUAUAAAGGCAGCAUUCAUAGAAUUGCUUUUUUCCCCCUCUGGGAACUGGAUUUAAGUUGAAAACUUUCCUGUUUCCUUUUUGUAUGUAUUUAAAUACAGUUUUUUUUCCUCUCCUUCUCUCAAUAGUAUAGCAUAUUCCUAUGCUUGAGAAGUAUAGGCUACUGAAGAACCAUUGUAAAUGGACAUUGCAGAUAUGCUGUAUUUUUGAAAGUGUUUUAUCUUAUUAAGUUUGAAGAUGGUAAAGUUAGGGAAUUCUGAUCGGAAUCUCAUAAAACAAAUUGUUUUAAAGGCUUUAAACAUUAGGUAGGCGGUCAAGGGUGUUUACCAACAGGGGUUGUAAAGUAUUAAAGACACUAAAUUAAAUUUUGGUUCAUCUUAUUAUCAUGCAGAAACACAGCAGUUCAGAUCUGUUCAGGUGUGGAGAACAAACAGAGUUUUAUUCCUCAAAGUAUAGCAGAGAAUGCAGAUCUGAGGGGAGGCAACUGCAUGGGGUGUGCAGUCUACAAUAGAGAAAUAAUCCUGGGUCACACUUCAGAAUCAAAUUCACAUGUCCAUUCCCCAUUUCAAAAUUGCUUUUUAUUCUUUGUGCAAAAAACUUUUCUUUCUGAUCCUUUCUUUUAAAACCGCCAGAUACACAACACCGGCUCCCGCUCCCAUUUUCCUCCUCAGUCCACCCCCUGCAAAAUAACAUUGCUUUCUAUGAAUUGACUCCACUAGUAGUUUCCUAUUCUUUUGACCACUUUUCAAAAUAGGACUUUAGCUUGUUGUCAUUCUGCACACCCCUGCAAUAAAGUAUUUAUUAAUCACGUUAUAUAGUGAUAUCUAACAUCAGUCACCAGGAGUAUACCUUGGCUGUUUGGUGAUCUCUCCCUCUUCUCUUAAGAGUUGAAAAGUGAAGGAAUAGAACCUUUUUUCCCCACAGUAUUCAGUCAGCCCACAGGAAUAUGUAAAACUCCUCUACCUAGUUUUCUUUCACAGUUUUCUUUUUCUUCCAUAUAUUUUGCAGCUUUGUAGUAACAGUGUUAACAUUUACUGUACACAUACAUACCCACACAAAACAAAAGACAAAAAAACCAAGAUACAUGGCAUAAAACAGGUAUUUUUCCUUGUGUUUUUUUCUCUUUUUAAACAAAAUGUCACUUAAUAUACUUUGCAUUGUGUCUCUGGAAAUAUCUUUCUUUCUUU